CUUCCUCAAGAGGGCAAGGAGGUAUUUACGUGUUCGAGAGAGUGCGAGAGAGUGAGAGUGAGUGUUAGUCCCCCUUCUCUAUCUCUCUCUCUGUGUACGCUUGGCUGACGUCUUGUUUGGCUGUGGAGGCUGAAGGCGAAUGUCGUCGUCCAAGGGUGGGUCGCUUCACCCGCGAGCUAUGGACUAUGACACGUCAUGGGCUACGCUCUCUGAGGCUAUGAAGGCCAUCAUGAGGUUGGAGGCUGUCAACUCGAUGUCGGGAAUGCAGCUGUAUCGGCUGGUGUACUCGCUGGCGUGUGCGCAUCCGCGGUCGUACUCGCCGGACAUGUACGUAGGGGUGGAGACGUUCCUCUUGGCGGAAGCGUCGCGCAUUGCUGACUCGCUUGUGGCGCUGUCGGCCGACUCGCUGCUCGAGCAGUACUCCAAGGCGUGGUAUACGUACGAGCUUGGCUCGCGGAUCAUGUCGCAUGUCAUUUUCAACUUUCUCAACGACAACUGGAUCACCCGCCGGCUCGACAACGCCCGUGCCGCCCUCACCUCGAUCUACCUGAGCACGGCAGAGGAAAGGCUGGGCAAAGCCGGGGCCGGUGGCAGCAACGAGAGCACGGGCGGAAAGGGCUCGGGUGGAAGAGGCCGGGGCCGGUUCCGGCGAGCAAGCAGGUGUACAAGAUCGACGAGCUGGCGCUGCUUAUGUGGCGCGACAAGGUGCUUGCGCCGCUCAAGGACCGGCUGGUGUAUGCCAUCCUGGAGCAAGUUCGCAAGGAGCGUGACGGCGAGGCCAUCGAGCGCGAGCUUGUUGUCAAGCCGAUCGAGUCGAUGGUCAAGCUCGGGCUCGAGCGCAACAAGCCGCUCGCAGUCUACAGCGAGACCAUUGAGCUGCCGUACAUUGCGGCACUCCACGAGUACUACGCAGCCGAGACGACCAACUUUCUGGCUCAGAAUGCGGUGCCCGACUACUACAGCCACGCAGAGACGCGGAUGGCGGAAGAGUCUGCGCGGGCGGUGCUGUUUCUCGACACAUCGUCGGAGCCGCGGGUGACGGCGGCACUGACCGACAUCUUUGUCACGGCGCAUCUCCCUGCACUCCAGGGCGAGGUCAUUCCGCUGGUGGCGGCAAUGGUUGCCGACUCGUCGUCCGAGUCGCACGCGGCGAAAGCGCUUGCACGUGGCUACGCGCUCCUCGCACGGGUGCCCGGAGCCUUUGACUCGGUCCAGGACGCGCUGGGAGCGUUUGUGGUCGAGCGCGGACUGGCGGCGCUCGACAAGCUCGGUGAUGAGCCAGCGUCCAACCCGCGCAAGUAUGUGGAGGCACUGCUGGAGCACUACGCGGCGUUCCGCACAGUGGUGGACACGGCGUUCGCAGGCUCGGGGCAGUUUUCGCUCGUUCUCGACAAGGCGAUGCGCGAGAUUGUCAAUGCCAAGCCCAAGACGAAUGCGGGUAGCAGCGGGGGAGCGAGCUCGCUGCCGCCGGCGGCGGAGCUGCUCGCCAAGUACUGCGACAUGGUACUCCGCAAGUCGUCCAAGUCGCAGCUUGAGGACGCCGAGCUGAGCAAGGUGCUCGACUCGGUCAUGGAGGUGUUCCAGUAUCUCGAAGACAAGGACGUGUUCCAGAAGUUCUACUCGCAAAUGUUGGCGAAGCGUCUGAUCCAGAGCCUCUCUGUGUCGGACGACGCCGAGUCUGCGAUGAUCUCGCGGCUGAAGAAGGCGGCUGGCUAUGAGUACACUUCCAAGCUGCAGAAGAUGUUUCAGGACAUGACGCUCUCGGACGAGCUCAACGCCAGCUUUGCGACUGCGGUGGAGAAGACUGGAAUGGACAUCGGCGGUGUGGCGUUCUCGUUCAAGGUCCUCACCAAGGGCUCGUGGCCGCUGUCGUCGCCAUCGACGCCGUUUGUACAGCCGCCAGAGCUCGACAAGCUCAUCAAGCGGUUCGAGGCCUUUUACAAGAACCAGCACAGUGGACGCGAGCUGUUCUGGCUCCCGGAGCUAACCAAGGGUGAGCUGCGGACGGCAUACCUGGCCAAGAACCACGAUCUCAUUGUCACCAACUACCAGAUGGCCAUCCUCUGCCUCUUUAACCGCGGCACGGUCUUUUCAGUUGCGGAAAUCGGUAAGCUGGUUGGUCUCGAGUCGAAGGUCCUCAUGCGCAACGUUGCGUCGCUGGUCAAGGUCAAGCUCCUCUCGCUUGUUGCAGAUGCCGGAGACACAGCGGUGAGCCAGGCCGAGCCCAAGGCCGAGGCCAAGGCCAAGACCGAGGCCAAGACCGAGGCCGAGACCGACGAUGCGGCGGCGUCGUCGUCAGCCAAGCCGAGCAAGGGUAAGAAGGGCAAGGGCAAGAAGCGCGCUCCGAUCAAGCUCAACUCGUCGACCAAGCUCGAAGUCAACCUCAACUUUAGCAACAAGCGGAUCCGGGUCAAGGUGCUCUCGUCGCUCAUCCGCGACUCGACAGAAGAGCGGGCGGCGACUGUUCGCGGAGUGAGCGAAGAGCGGAUGUUCUUCCUCCAGGCCGCAGUUGUGCGGCUGAUGAAGGCGCGCAAGAAGAUGGCUCACUCGGUUCUUGUUGGCGAGGUCUGCGAGAUCGCAGCCGCGCGGUUCAAGCCGCGGGUCGCGCUCAUCAAGAAGGCCAUCGAGCAGCUGAUUGACAAGGGAUAUCUUGCGCGUGUCCAGGGCGAGAAGGGCAUGUACGAGUACCUGGCGUAGCUGUCUUGUCCCCAGAAGGAAGAAAGGUCUGGGCGGCAUGUGGCAGGAAAGGAGGGUGAGGGGUGGGCAAAACAAAACAGUGUCGCAAGCAAUGCGCGCGACUGAGCCAGCUCGAUUAACGGCGAUAGCUUGACCAGGAGAAGACAGCGAGUCCUUCAGCAAUGAGGGUACUGAGCAGAUUGAGAUCGGCCUAGAGGGCGGCGCCAAGAAGUGGAGGGCGACCUUCGAUGGUGGCGGCGGCAUGAACGGGGCGCAGAUAAUCGGCGAUACGGGGUGGUGGCGAUCUGCAAUGGUUUGGCAUCGACGAGAGAUUGUAGGACUCGAGCGCUUGUGGGAGUCGCAGUUGAAAACAUGGUGGGUGUG